GACUCGGCUCGGGCUGGUGCUGCGGAGUCACAGCGGCCGCGUGUGGUGCAGCUCCUGCCGGUCAUGCUUCGCCUCCUGCUCCGAGCGGCUGGGCUGGUAGCGCUGCUUCCCGUGGGGCUCGGCGCCGCUACUGCAUCGCAGAGGAGUUUUGAAAUCGAUUAUGACAAGAACUACUUCCUCAAGGAUGGGAAACCGUUCCGCUACAUCUCGGGCAGCAUUCAUUACUCCCGUGUGCCCCGGUACUAUUGGAAAGACCGUCUGUUGAAGAUGAAGAUGGCGGGGCUUGAUGCUAUUCAAACGUACGUGCCAUGGAACUAUCAUGAAUUCAAACCAAAAGUGUAUAACUUCUCUGGUGACAGAGAUAUAGAAUAUUUCCUGCAGCUAGCUAAUGAGAUUGGCUUGUUGGUAAUACUAAGAGCUGGACCUUAUAUCUGCGCAGAAUGGGACAUGGGGGGUCUUCCAGCAUGGUUAUUAGAGAGAGAAUCUAUUGUUCUCCGAUCUUCUGAUUUAGAUUACUUGGCAGCUGUAGAAAGGUGGAUGGGUGUCUUGUUACCCAAAAUGAAGCCUUAUCUCUAUCAGAAUGGAGGGCCAGUUAUUAUGGUGCAGGUUGAAAAUGAAUAUGGAAGCUACUUUGCCUGUGAUUACGAUUACCUUCGUUACCUUCAGAAGCUCUUCCAUCACCAUCUUGGAGAUGAGGUGGUACUGUUUACAACAGAUGGGGCAAGCAAACAAUACUUGAGAUGUGGAGCUCUGCAGGGUCUUUAUGCAACGGUGGAUUUUGCACCAGGUGGUAAUGUCACAGCAGCAUUUUUAACUCAAAGAGGCAGUGAACCCAGAGGCCCCUUGGUAAACUCUGAGUUCUACACUGGCUGGCUGGAUCACUGGGGUCACCCUCAUUCUGUUGUGCCAACAAAUAAGAUAGCUAAAACUCUUGAUGAAAUCCUGGCACGUGGUGCUAACGUUAACAUGUACAUGUUUAUAGGUGGAACCAAUUUUGCCUAUUGGAAUGGGGCAAACAUGCCAUAUGCAUCACAGCCUACUAGUUACGACUAUGACGCUCCACUGAGUGAAGCAGGGGACCUCACUGACAAAUAUUUUGCUCUGAGAGAAGUCAUUGGUAGGUAUAAUCACUUACCUGAGGGCCCUAUCCCACCAACAACACCCAAAUAUGCAUAUGGACAAGUGACAAUGGAGAAGCUAGGCACAGUAGCAGAGCUUCUUGAUGACCUGUCACCCUCUGGGCCAAUAAGAAGCACUUACCCCUUAACCUUUGUUCAGCUGCAGCAGUAUUUUGGGUUUGUGCUGUACAGGACUACUCUCCCCAAAAAUUGUAGUGAGCCAACACCACUCUUUUCACCUUUAAACGGAGUCCAUGACCGUGCUUAUGUCUCUGUAGAUGGGGUUCCGCAGGGAGUCCUUGAAAGAGGCAAAUCAAACAUGAUAAAUAUAACCGGGAAGGCUGGAGCAAAUCUGGAUGUGUUGGUAGAAAACAUGGGUCGAGUAAACUAUGGUAGAUACAACAAUGACUUUAAGGGUCUAGUGUCAAAUUUAUCUCUUGGCCAAGUUACACUCAUUGACUGGGAGAUCUACCCACUAGACAUAGACAGUGUGGUGGGCCAUGGCCUAAACAGCAGAGGAGGUGAAUCAAAAACAUCUGGUGGCAAUCCCUCAAGAUAUGCAGCUCCUGCUUUUUACACUGGCAGAUUUUCUAUUCCCAGUGGAAUCCCUGAUUUACCCCAAGACACCUAUAUCAAGUUUCCUGGCUGGACAAAGGGACAAAUUUGGAUCAAUGGUUUUAACCUCGGUCGUUACUGGCCAGUCCGUGGUCCUCAAGUGACCCUAUUUGUUCCAAGCAACAUCCUCGUUUCAUCGUCACCGAACAAUAUCACAGUGUUGGAGCUGGAGCAGUCUCCGUGUGGCAUUCAGAAAUGUGCCAUAGAAUUUGUAGACAAACCUGAUAUCAAUGCAACACUGCAGUAUGAAAGCAACACCCGGAAGCUGUUCACUAAAGAUUUAUGGCUGGACCCUCUAUGAUUAUUUAGGAAUGUGUCCCCUUACCUUCUCCUGUUUUUCUACCCCACACCCUCAAAUCCUACAUUCUUCGUGGGGAAAAUCAGUAUUAAAAAUCAAUAAGUAUGUUUAACUAUGGAAAUUUUUUCAAGCACUGAAAGCAUAGCUGUUUUCUAACAGGAGAUACUAAAUACAGGGUCUCCUUUAAAAGUGAACAUUCAAGCGUUAGAGUAAGUUUUUGUGCACGAGACUUGUCUUAGAUGGAAGAUAAUAUUUAACAUCAAAGUCUUAGUAAACAGAUAGCUUUGGGAACUGUGGCUGCAUUUUAAACUAGUCAUUUUACCAACUCUUGUGAACCUAGAGAAAUUUACCUUGCUAAGAACUGAGUGGCCCCACUCCCACGCUUAUAAACAUUUAAUGUCCACAAA